ACUGCUCCGCGAGCUAAGUGCCCUCGCCAAAGACAAGAGGGAAAAUCUUAUGAGAGAGUCUGGAAGUGCACAUGUCUGAAAAUAUAUUUCGUUAAAUUAAGUUUAAGCUGCAAGAAUUGGGAUAUUAAAACAAAUACAAAAAUGGACACAUUCCGCAUACGUCGUUCAUCGUUUUCACGUUUUGGUUCGGUGGGCAAACAGGAGCCACUCAUUGUAGUUGAGGAAUCACAAAUGGUGGAGGAGGAUGAUCGCGACAGCUCAGGAACUCCAUCGAAUAAAGCUAGUUUGGAUAUUGAUUCGCCCGUAAAUCCAUAUUUACUCUCACCAUGGCGUGAUCCACGCGAAGGUCGCAAACAUUCGCUGCCCUCACAACAGGUCACCGAGGGUAUAACAGCAAGUCAGGUGCGUCGUUUGUCAGAGCGCGGGGGUGAGGGCUCCGGUCCAUCGCCUAAGGAGGCUGCGUUCUUAGCCACACUAUCACAAGCGCCAGCACCAUCUGGUCGACGUCAUUCUGUUGUCACCAUAUCCAAAGUGCCAACAACAUUAUUUGGACGCUCACGUCGCGAAUCGGUUGCCGCUUAUCCAGCGGGUAGCAGCCGUGCAUUGAACUCUCGUCGCGAAAGCAAAACCUCAACUGGUCCUCCAUCCACAGAUCCCAUUGGCAGUAUACAUAAUCUACAACUGGACAUAAUGGAUGACAUUGUACAGUCACGUAAGGCACGCAUGAAACUCUGGAAUACGAGCAGCGAAAAGGUGUGCGAGGUACAGACAUUAGAUGAAGUCGGCAGCGGCACACCGCAGCGCUACACAAAUCGUCGUUACUCGGAAUGUGUUUCGGGUGGCAACACACCAGCACCGAAUAUGCGACGCGCCUCCGAACAUCCAGCCAUCAUCUCGCCAUGUAUUUUGCAACCGGGCAGCAAUCGUUCUUCCACGAAACGCAAGAAGAGCGGCGGCCUACUAAGCACAUCUAUUUUCAGCACACUCACCUCGUCAGCCAUUGAGAUCAACAAAUGUGAGGAUCCAAUACCGACAGUAGUUUUACCACCGACAUCGAGUGCUAGCUCCACCGGUGCCACUGCAAAAACAAAAACAACUACUAGCGGCGGUGGCUUAACAGCAACCACUGGCACAUCGGCGAGCAGUAGCUCUGCUUCAAAUCUGCUCGAUCCCAAUGCCGGUCGCUCCACGCGCUCCAACAGUUUCGAUGUUUCGAUAUUGAAUAAUGCCAAACAGCUGGUAAGCAAUGCCCAAGACAAUAGUUCCGCAGCACUAUCCGGUUGGUUUGAGAAACGUCACCAACCGAUGGCACGCAAAAAGAGCAUACGCAGCAAAAGUACUGCAAUGGCAUUAUCCGAAGAUAUGUUAAAGCGUCUACAAGCGAAGGAUGUGCUACGCGAGAGCAAACCGAAAUUAGUGCCGCGUAGUAAGCAGAAAAGUUGGACCGACACCACCAAAGGUACCAUAGUCGAUGCAACUGUCAUCGGUUCGGCAAUAGAGGGUUUCCUACGUAAGGGCUCCGUAUCAGGCCCAUCGGGUAGUACGGGCAGCACGCCGAAGAGUGGUAGCACCAAAUCGGGUGGUGGUCUGCUAUCAAAGGAAUCGGGUAAACGUAGUGGACGCAGCGCACAGAACCAAGCAACAAAUGCAGUGCGUUCGACGUUGAAUUGGUUCGGCAAAGGGGAUGAGGACGACUCGAAGGAUACAUGCGAAGCGUCACUCUGUUCAACGUUAAAAGAUUUAUUCGUUAAAUAAUUAGCAGUGCGACGGCUGUUCAAGUAAGUCAAAGACGUUAAAUUUACGGCAAGAGUUGGCUAAUUCCAUGUGUGAUAUUUGUUGGGAUUGAGAAUGGUGGAAAAUAGAACAUACACGUACGUACAUAGAUUUAUAACUAUUAUAAUGUUUAAUUUUGUCUA